AGGCAUCAGACUUAACCAUCAAGCUCACUGACUCCCCGAAAGACAAACCCGACCCCAGCAAUCUGGUGUUCGGCACAGUCUUCACCGAUCACAUGUUAAUGGUGGAGUGGUCUGUGGAGGAGGGAUGGCAGAAACCGGAGAUCAAACCUCUACAGAACCUGAGCUUUCACCCAGCAUGCUCUGUGUUCAACUACGCCAUAGAGCUUUUUGAAGGAAUGAAAGCUUAUCGGGGAGAAGAUGGGAAAAUCCACUUGUUUCGACCUCAACUAAAUAUGGAUAGGAUGCUCCGAUCAGCCAAAAGAAUGACCCUGCCGCCCUUUGAUAAGAAGGAGCUCUUGGACUGUAUCCGGAAGCUGAUAGACGUGGACAGGGACUGGGUGCCACAAUCCACAGAGGCUAGCCUGUAUGUGCGGCCCAUCUUCAUCGGAACAGAGGCGUCUGUAAGAGUGAAGAGUUCCUCCAAGGCCUUACUGUACGUCAUCCUCAGCCCCGUCGGGCCGUACUUCUCCAGUGGAGCCUUCACCCCAAUCUCAUUAUGGGCCGACCCGAAAUAUGUCCGGGCCUGGAAAGGGGGAACCGGCGACAGCAAAGUCGGAGGGAAUUACGGAAAUUCUCUCUUUGCCCAAUAUGAGGCGCAGAGCUUCGGCUGUCAGCAGGUUCUGUGGCUGUACGGUCCGGACGAGCAAAUCACUGAAGUCGGAACGAUGAAUCUCUUCCUGUUCUGGACAAAUGAAGAUGGCGAGCUGGAAUUAGCGACUCCACCACUAGAUGGCAUCAUUCUCCCGGGGGUCACCAGGCGCAGCAUUCUAGAUCUGGCUCGUAAAUGGGGGGAGUUCAAGGUGUCGGAGCGAUAUCUGACCAUGGCGGAUCUGGAGAAGGCGCUGCAGGAGGGGCGCGUCGGGGAGAUGUUUGGCGCUGGAACGGCCUGUGUGGUGUGUCCGGUCGGAUCCAUACUGUACAAGAACGAGAAACUGGAAAUUCCAAGCAAAGAGAAUAAGGUGGCGGCCCGUGUGCUGAAGGAGCUGACGGAUAUCCAGUAUGGGAGAACCCCGAGUGACUGGCUGGUGCUUGUGGGAGAUUCCUAACCGGUUGGGAGUGAGGCGGAGACCCUCCAUACGUCUGGGAUCCCCCAUCUAUAGUUUAGAUUUAUUGAUUAGAAAUGUCAUCCUCGGAAUCUACGUCCUCGGAUUUUUACAAUCUGUCACUGUUCUCAAUGUGCUGCAUGCUUGCAGGCCAUCUCUCCUCUCUCCACCACUCCCUGGCAGAUCUGCAGGCCAUCUCUCCUCUCUCCACCACUCCCUGACAGAUCUGCAGAUCAUCUCUCCUCUCUCCACCACUCCCUGACAGAUCUGCAGACCAUCUCUCCUCUCUCCACCACUCCGUGACAGAGCUGCAGAUCAUCUCUCCUCUCUCCACCACUCCCUGACAGAUCUGCAGGUCAUCUCUCUUCUCUCCACCACUCCCUGACAGAUCUGCAGACCAUCUCUCCUCUUUCCACUACUCCCUGACAGAUCUGCAGAUCAUUUCUCCUCUCUCCACCACUCCCUGACAGAUCUGCAGAUCAUUUCUCCUCUCUCCACCACUCCCUGACAGAUCUGCAGAUCAUCUCUCCUCUCUCCACCACUCCCUGACAGAUCUGCAGAUCAUCUCUCCUCUCUCCACCACUCCCUGACAGAUCUGCAGAUCAUCUCUCCUCUCUCCACCACUCCCUGACAGAUCUGCAGAUCAUCUCUCCUCUCUCCACCACUCCCUGACAGAUCUGCAGAUCAUCUCUCCUCUCUCCACCACUCCCUGACAGAUCUGCAGAUCAUGUCUCCUCUCUCCACCACUCCCUGACAGAUCUGCAGACCAUCUCUCCUUUCUCCACGAUGCUCCCACAGAUCUGAAGACUGUCUCUCCUCCCUCCACCGCACCCUCAGAUCUGCAGACCGUCUCUCCCCUUCACAUUCUUGGUCGCCGCCGCUUGUUUAAUUUAGAUCUGAUGAAUCAGGACUUUUUAGGUGUUAGGAAUCACUGAGCGCCUAUAAGCCGUGAUUUUCGCUGUACGGUGGCUCCUGCUCGGCCCAAAGAUAAUAACGUUACAUGUAACCGGGAUGAACAGGCGAUCUGCGCGUCCAGAUUAACCCAUUCAUCCCCGACAUGUAAGGUGAAGAAACCGAUUGAAGCACAAAAGAGGCUUAGUAAGAACAUAAAGUACAAAGAGCUGAAUCUGCGCACAAAACCAAAUAACGUAAUACAGAUAUAAUGUCAUCAAAUCUCCUACUGCGCUCACUGUUCUGCUGUUAUAUCAUGUCUUAUCUUCUCAUAACAGCAGAACAGUGAGUGCAGCUCUGGAGGUGAUAUCAUGAAUUAUCCUCUAGUCACCUCCAGAGCUGCACUCACUAUUCUGCUGUCGCAUCAUGUCUUAUCCUCCAGAGCUGCACUCACUAUUCUGCUGUUACAUCAUGUCUUAUCCUCCAGAGCUGCACUCACUAUUCUGCUGCUACAUCAUCUUAUCUUCCAGAGCUGCACUCACUAUUCUGCUGCUACAUCAUGUCCUAUCCUCCAGUCACCUCCAAACCUUCUUGCUUCCAGGCUACAGGACUUCACGUCUCACUACUGCCCCCUGUCGCAUCAGUGUCUGUACAGAGUAGAGGUUGCUGAGGUGUAUUACAUAUGGUAUACAGUAGAGUGCAGUACAUGCUGACAUGAUGUAGCAGCAGAAUAGUGAGUGCAGCUCUGGAGGUGAGUGGAGCAGAGGACAAGAUAAGUGAUAACAUAAGUAUGAACAGCGUCAACACUAAGGACCUAAAGGGGGGAGUGGCCAACAAUCUGCAGCGCCAAUCUUAAUAACCCCCCCCUCUAGCUUCAUUAUAACUUGUUCCGUCAUCACAGAGGACAGCGCCAUGUCACACUCCGCAGGGAUAGAAUCGCUCCAGACAUAUUAUAUUCUUUGUAUUUAUCAGAUAUUUACCAAAGAACAAUUCACGAUUAUCAGCGAAAGUCCAAAAAAACUUUCUAGAUGAGGAGAUUCAAUAAUCUAGAACAUUAAACCUUCCGAUAAUCUAGAAAUAUAAACCUUCCGACAAUCUAGAACAUUACGCCUUACGAUAUUCUAGAACAUUAUGCCUUCCGACAAUCUAGAAUAUUACACGGUCCUAUAAUCUAGAACAUUACACCUUUUGAUGAUCUAGAAUAUUACACUAGAAUAUUAACACCUUCCGAUAAUCUGGAAAUAUAAACCACCCAAUAAUCUAGAACAUUACACAUUCCGAUAAUCUAGAAUAUUUCGCCUUCCGAUAAUUCCGAUAAUCUAGAACAUUACACUGUCCAAUACUCUAGAACAUUACACCUUCCGAUAAUCUAGAUUAUUUCACCUUCCGAUAAUCUAGAAUAUUACAAUUUUCGGUAAUCUAGAACAUUACACCUUCUGAUAAUCUAGAACAUUACACUGCCCAUUACUCUAGAACAUUACACCUUCCGAUAAUCUAGAAUAUUUCACCUUCCAAUAAUCUAGAAUAUUACAAUUUCCGAUAAUCUAGAACAUUACACUGUCCAAUACUCUAGAACCUUACACCUUCCGGUAAUCUAGAGCAUUUCACCUGCCGAUAAUCUAGAAUAUAAAAAUUUUCGAUAAUCUAGAACCUUACACCUUCCGAUAAUCUAGAACAUUACACCUUCCGAUAAUCUAGAACAUUACACCUUCCGAUAAUCUAGAACAUUACAGUGCCCAUUACUCUAGAACAUUACACCUUCCGAUAAUCUGGAAUAUUACACCUUCCGAUAAUCUAGAACAUUACACCUUCCGAUAAUCUGGAAUAUUACACCUUCCGAUAAUCUAGAACAUUUCACCUGUUCGGCCCAUUGGUCCAUUAUACACAUAAUGUCAGGAAUCGUCGCGCCAUAGAUUAUAAUAGAAAUAUUCGCUGUUUAUCGAAUCUGUGGAAACAAAUUGUGACGUUUUCUGUUUUAUACGAUGUCUGACAAUCGCUCAGUUUUCCCCCCUAUGAUGUUGCCAUGGUGACGGAUUUAUAUAGAUAUAAUCGUAAUAUUCAGAGAUUAGGAGAAUCGUGAAUUAUAGUAAUAAUGAUGUGAACUGUGGAUAAUCUGCAAUAAAUCCCUGAACAAUAAA